GCAAAGUUUGUCUUUGACAAAUAAAAAAACAUGUGAAGGAUGUCAACGUUAUUCAGACAAUACUCCGUACUAAAAUGGAUUUUGACAGUACUAGCUGUCCUCAUCUUUUUACUCAUGCUGUCAUCGCCUUCAAGUAUUGUGUUCAUCAAACGAUUUACUGAGUCUGAAAUGUUUGUUGAAGGAGAUUUAUUAACCCAGGGCAAGCCAGCAUUGCAAGUACGAAAUGUACAACCCCCAAAACAACACAUUUACUAUCUAAAAACCCACAAAACAGCCAGCACGACGAUAUAUUCCAUCUUAGCGGAAUACUGCCGGGCACAUGAACUAGUACCGUUACUACCCGUUGGCGUCCAUAUCAACCAACGACCGCCUUUUCAUCCAUCUCAGUUGAUGCUGCACCACAAGGUAUCCAAAUACGACAUGGUGUUCAACCACCACAUCUACACGGAGGAGAUUCUCAGGUACCUCCACAACGACACGUUCACUUUCACAACCAUCAGAGACCCAUUCAAGCAUUUCAUCUCGUCCUUCAGUUAUUUUUCUAAAUUUAACUUGACCUAUCUGACGGAGAUCAAAUCCAAGAAUAAACUUGACGCCCUCUUGGAAAACCCUGAACAAUACGAGACGAAAGGAUACUCAUCUUACACGAACAACAGACAAUCUCUUGACCUCGGCUUUGACAUCAAACACAAAUUUAACGACUCGACAUACAUCAAAGAGUUCAUCUCUCUCACAGAGAAACGCUUCCAAUUAGUGCUAAUAACGGAUUACUUCUACGAAUCAUUAAUCCUGCUAAAACGCGCUCUAAACUGGCAGACGGGGGAUAUUUUGUUUUAUAAGAAACAAGAAAACAAAGACAGUUCUCUGCUCUUAAAUUCAGCGACAGAUAAACAAAGGAAACAACACGAACUCUUUUCUACCGCGGAUAUCCAAGUUUACAAAUAUUUUUUACAAAUUUUUAAAUUUAAGAUUUCCAAAGAGCGAGAUAUUGAAGGCGAGGUUGCAGAAUUUCAAACUGUUUUAUCGCGAGUGCAUACGUUUUGUGAUAGAGAUUUGCCGUCUAACUCUCAGUUCAUGUUAGAAACCGGUAGGUGGUCUGACCGAAUAGAUUUACAACAUUCCAAGUGUAAAUGGCUUAAGUUAGACGAAGUACAAUUUACAAAAUAUUUGCAAAAUGUGCAGAGAAGUCUGUUUGAAUCUUGACUAACAAUUAACAGAAUGAAUUAAUGUAUU